CUACUUAUUAAUUUAUGUCUUCAUCUAUUUUCAAAGUUUUGAUACAAAACAAAGAAUGAAAAUUGCUUCCGUCAAUAAAGAAAUUUGCAAAGCAAAUGAAAAUGUUAGUUUGUCUGAAAGUGAAUUGUCUAGCUCUGAAGGUGAAAUGAUGGAGGAUGAUCCACAAAUUGAGGAUGAUGAGCAAGAAGGGGAAGAUGAAUGUGACAAUGAAGAGGAAUGCACUAUGUCCGAUGAUGAGGUGGCUGCUUUACGAACUAAAAUCUCUUCGUUCUCUUUAAAAAAGUUGGCGGAAUUAAAAUCAAAGAUUGGUUUGGAAUUGUUCAAUAAAAUAAUGUAUGGAAAAUCAAUUAGUUCCUUUAAUGAAGACAAUUCAAAUAAAAUUCAAUCAAAAAAGAGCGGCGGAACUCAUUCAUCUACUCGUCCUCCACCAAAAUUUCGUUCAAUUAGAGGUUUAGAAGUACGGAAGGCAAAAAAUGCUCAUUUUGACCCUCGUUUUGCUGCUUCAUCAGGAGAUUUUGAUCAAAUAGCUUUUCACAGAGAUUAUUCUUUUAUUGAAGAUUUAAGGAAGAAAGAUAUUCAAGAACUCCAAAAUGCUUAUAAACAAUUAAAAAGAGAAGGAGGUAAUCCUAAACAAAUUGAAAGAAUUAAAAGAAAUUUGUUAAGAUUGAGAAAUCAACAAAAAGAUUAUCAAGACCAAAAAUUAAAAGAAGAUAUACUUUCUGAUUUACGUCGAACAAAUAUUGAACGGAUGAAUAAUGGGGAGAGGCCUAUUUAUUUAAAUAAUAAUGAACUAAAAGGAAAAUUUAUUGAACGAAAAAAACAACAAAAACAUAACAACGAUCAAAGAAUUCAAAAAACAUCAAAAACCAACAAAAAUAUAAAUGAAGAAGAAAUUGAAGAGAAAGAAAAGAAUUAA